CCGAUCACCGCACUCCGAGGACACGGCACAGCCGACUGGAUCUGAACACCAGUCGCGACUGGCCGGCACGAUUCGUUCCCUUUCCUCCUCCCCCCCCUCCCCCUCCCCCGAGGAGGACCAGCGCGAUUUGGGAGGAAAAGAGCCAACACAGCCCCGAGAUAUCCCAGCCCCCCUCCCACCCCCACCCCUUGCCAAGGAUGAGGCGCUAAACUUUCAGAAAAGUUCUGCAAAGAGUGGGGAGGAGGGCGGGAGCGGAGCCCGCUUGCCGCUGUCUGGGAGAGGAGGCGAGAGUGGGCAAGCUUGGUGUGAGAGGGGAGGGGGUUGCUCCCGGUGUACCUGCGAGAUGGAAGGGAGCUUCAAGUGCGCCGUACCCCUGGUCCUAUUCUGCGGUUGGUUUAGCGGAGUGCACCUGAAGAGCCCAAGUUGCCACGAAGUGCGAACUGCAUUCCAGCUCCGGCACAUAGGACCACUCAUGUUGGUGCCCGACACCCCCGGGAGAGAUGAGGAUUUACAGAUCUGUAUGCACAAUGAGCCAACCUGCUGCACGAAGAGGAUGGAAGAGAGGUAUCAAGUAGUGGUGCGGAGAGAGCUCCUACAGAGCAUCCAGUUCCUGAGCUUUGAACUGAAAUACAGAAUUGAAAAGAAUGGCGGGGCUUUCCAAGAUGCUUUUAAAUCCUUGAUACACAUUGCAACCAAUCACACCAACUCUAUGUUCAAGACAGGCUACAGAACAAUGGCAAAGGAAGCAUCGGAGGUGGUGAAGGGUUUGUUUACAGACAUCUCCCUGUAUGUCCUGGACUUGGGCGCAAGCAUUGAAGACGUUGUCUUGAGUUUCUUCGACAGCCUCUUUCCCUUGGUUUACAAUCGACUGAUCCACCCAGGACUCAGCGAGGUUUCUGUGGAUUAUUCCGAAUGUCUCCGCUUGACCAGGCAGGAUGUCAAUCCCUUCGGCGCGUACCCUAUGAAGAUGGCAGCUGAAUUGUCCAGGCCACUCCAGGCCAUGAAGACGCUCCUCCAUGCUUUGAGCAUUGGCAACGAGGUGAUCAACAUGACCGAGAAUGUUGUUUUCACCCGGGAGUGCUCCAGAGCUCUGGUGAAGAUGGAAUACUGCUCUCACUGCCAUGGUCUCACUCUGAUCAAACCCUGUGUCGCCUAUUGUUUGAACGUCAUGCGGGGCUGCCUGGCAAAUCUGGCCGAUAUUGAUCCUCAUUGGCGCCAUUACAUUUCAAACCUGGACGAGCUCACCAGUGUCAUUCUGGGAUCACGAGGUGUGGAGCAGGCCUUGCUCAGGGUGGCCCCACUUGCUAAUGAAGCCAUUUUGUACGCACAGCUGAAUGGACUGGAAAUCUCCACAACAGUGAGUAAAGUUUGUGGCCAGCCCCAGGAGCGACCAAUAGCUACAGAAAUAGUAAGCACAGUACGGACACCAGCCACGGCCAGCUUCAAACCACAGGAUGUCAGUCCAUUCGCCAACCUAACCCAGAAAAGAAGCUCGCUGCCUCUGAAAGAAGCAAAGACUGAUAGGCCCAGGACAAUGAAACAGAACAGUAGAGACUUCAUGAACUACAUCCGAAGGUACAGGACCUUCUACGCUUCUCUGGCAGAACAAAUCUGUGAAGGUGACCUUCUACCUCAAGAUAGCUCAACCUGUUGGAGUGGAAAGAAUGUGGUUGAAAGUUACACAAGCAGGGUCGUUGGGAAUGGACUCAAAGAACAGGCCAACAACCCAGAAGUGAAAGUCCGAGGAUCUGACCCGAUGGUCAAACAAGCCAUCGACAAGCUCUUGUACAUUAGCAAGAUGCAUCAGAGCAAAGCAACCAAGGCCGCACAGUGGUCCUUGAGUGAACUCGGCAGUGGUGAGGGUGAGGAUGCGGAGUCAAGCGGGGAAUGCGACGAUGAAGAUGGGUGUACAGGAUCUGGAAGUGGAGCGCCAGGCCGGCAGAAGAAUACAAACACGCCAGAAGACCGAUGGGCAAAAGACAAGAUUUUCCCAGCUGUGGCCCCCACUCUGAAGGGAACCAAGGUGACGGCACCAAGCUUCUCACCGAGCGGCACAGCACGGAGCAAACCGGGAGCGGCCUCCAGUCACUGCAGCUUGUUAUCCAUCACCAUGGUCACAAUACUGGGGCUGUUGUGUCACUGGAUUUUAUAGUUUGCGAUGCAUCAUGGCUACAAUAGCCUGCCUUUAUUUAUCCAGUAUUACAAUCAUCACGCAGCUUUUGUUUCUUAUUGGCGGUCAGCUGAUGCUUUAGGAUCUGUGUUCUUGUAAUAUAGUUGAGAGCUGCAAUAUACUAUAGCAACCCGUUGUUCUAGAGGAGUUCUGUUUGAACAAAAAAAAUCACGUGAAACCUGUAUAUAGUUUGUAUAAAAAAACUAGAUUUAGAGGUAAGCUAUCUGCCAGACUACAUAUACGUAAUCACUUUUGAAUAUAAACUUUGUGUACAAAUGUCCUUCCCCCCCAGCAUAUUAUUUUCCAAAAUGCUGCAUUUGGGUUUUUUUCCCAGUAUAACUCAUGACUAGCUAAGGCCUGAUGUACCAUCUUGCAUUGCGAUUUCUUCAUGCAAUUAUACAGCUAGCCCUCAGAUUCAUCACUCACCCCUCUGCUGAACAGGCAUACGAUGACGUGCAGUCCUGAGCUUGAGGUCUGGAAGACCUCAUUUUUGAUGCCCUGGAAGCCAGGUGGAAUAUUUGUCUGAGGUAUCAUUAUUGGCCUCAUUACGUCUGAGCCAGGGACAAGUCAGCCAGGAUCUGACACUGAUGGUAAUUAGACAGUGAGUUCUGCUGACAAAUGGGAUUGCCACGUGAGCAAAUGGAUCCGGUUAUAAUUCUAAGGUCGGUCAAUCUUGACUUGAACUGAGUUGGCCCCUAAUCCAAUCUGUCAACGUUGGGGAUGUGCAAGACAAUCCUCCCCUCCCAGUUUGCCCCGAAGGUCAGACUUGUCUAUAAUUUCUAUCACUUUGUUCUGAACUACGCAGUCAUAAAGAGAGACAACACCGAAGCAGACCCUUCAGCCCCCAGUUUGACAACAAAGCAUCAAUUUUUACACUAAAUCCCCCCCCCCCCCCCCCCC